AUGGUGUCAACAAUCGGUGGCCCUUCUACUGUCGCUGCUGCCGCUGUGGCCGGUGCUGCGGGUGCGGCAACCACCAUCAGCACCACUACUGAUGCGACACAACUGUUCAUCAACACAACGCUUGACUCAUGUGCCCUUAAAUAUGAAGAGUUCGUUAUACCGACUACAGUUCCUUACUGCAACUGGACCUGGGAUAGCAUACUAUGCUGGCCACCAACGCCGGCCAAUUUGACAAUAAGACAGCGAUGCCCUUCCGGACACGGAAUCGAUACCUCAAAGUUUGCCGAACGACGAUGCAGUGCCGAGGGACAGUGGGAAGGGAGACCGGGCUCCCCGUCAAACCUACACGGAUGGACCAACUAUACGCCCUGCUACAGCCCGGAAGUUAUACAACUGUUUAGAAAGCUUUACGCCGGCGGUAGCGACGAUGAAGCGAAUGAUAAGAUUGACAUUGCCGAGCGGACGCGUACGCUGGAGACGGUGGGAUUUAGUCUUUCACUAGUAGCGUUAAUCAUUUCGUUAGUAAUAUUUUGUAAAUUUCGCGGUCUUCGCAACAACCGGACGAGAAUACACAAAAAUCUGUUCGUUGCCAUGGUGAUACAGGUGGUGAUCCGCCUAACCUUAUACAUCGACCAAGCGAUCAUACGCAGCGGGGGCAAAAAGUUCGGCAACGAAAGCUCCCGCCAGGGAAUCGAUAACACGCCGUUCCUCUGCGAAGCGUCGUACGUGCUGCUGGAGUACGCCAGGACCUGCAUGUUUAUGUGGAUGUUUAUAGAGGGAUUAUAUUUACACAACGUAGUGACGGUGACAGUAUUUCAGGGAAGGUUUCCACAUACGCUUUACGCCAUCGUGGGCUGGGGUGGCCCGGUCGUACUGACCGUCAUCUGGGCCAUCACCACCGCGCACUACAUCCGGCAGCAGAAAUGCUGGUGGGGUUACAACUUGACGCCUUAUUACUGGAUUUUGGAAGGUCCAAGAUUAGCAGUAGUCGUGUUGAAUUUUAUAUUUUUACUCAAUAUUAUACGUGUACUGAUCGUGAAGCUGCGCCAAAGCCACACGAGCGAUGUGGAACAGGUGCGGAAAGCGGUCCGUGCGGCGGUCGUCCUUGUGCCAUUGCUAGGAAUUACCAACAUACUCAACAUGACCCAAGCCCCGCUCGACAAGACGGCACUCGAGUUCGCCAUCUGGUCGUACGUGACGCACUUUCUCGUCUCCUUCCAAGGGUUUUUCAUCGCGCUGCUGUACUGCUUCCUUAAUGGCGAGGUACGGACGGCCCUGAUGAAAAGUAUCAGCGUGUAUCUUUCACUGCGCGGCCACCAUGAUUGGGCGGUACGGAGGCAAUCGCUCUUUUCCGCCGGUUAUCCCACGGUACCGGUCAAUGAGGCACCGCACGCCGGAGACGCAAAUCGCAACACCAACAGAAAUGCUGCCAGCAACAAUCUGCUGGCGGGUGCCAACAAUCAUACCGCCAACGGGGGCAUGGCCAGCAGUACCGCGCACGGUUACCGAUGCGGCUGGUUUAGCCGCUGCUUUUUAGUACAAAAACAUACCAACCCGUCCGCUCCGGAGCCGGCCCCACCCGAGUCAGUUGUGUUCGACAUUUCCGACUAG